AUGGAGUAUAAUAGGAAAAGUAUGCCACAGUGAGCAAGCAGGGGUACAAGGAGUUGACUCCGAAAAAAGCCCACCCAUAUGUGAGAGGCACCUUUCACUCACAGAUUGAUCUGCACCUUGCUUGGUGGAUUGAGCACAAAAUCAAAAGUAUUUUCAAAGACAGACUAUUCGUCCUGAACAACCUGCUCCUCAAUAACCUGGGGAUAUAUGUAAGUAUUUCCCAUUUAUUUCUUAUACAGUCUUGGGGGGGGGGCGGACACACAGUAGAACACACUUCUGUCUUAACUAGCAAUCUCCAAACAAAAUGAACAGCAAGUGUCAGAUUACCGGCUUUAGGUCAGGGGUCCCCAACGUGUGAGCACAUUUCAAAUUUUGAAAAAGGUUUGUGGACACUAGCACAAAACGACUACUCUGGGGGUGUGGCCAAUAACAAAAUGAUCUACUUCUAGGGAGACCUACGUAGUCCUGUUUCAUCCUUUCCUGACACACAGACACUUCAAACUUGCACACAGAUAAAACAAUAGCUUUGUAUUCACCAUCUGUAGCAGCUGGCAAAGGAAAGGUUGUUGGGUGAAACUACCUACCAUUCUCCAAAUAACCACAUUGGCUACCAAUUUCAGGCCAAGUUUAAAGCAAGUUUGUUAAUGGAUAAAGCCCCAAACAAUUUAGGAUCUGAUUACCUGGGAGACUGCCCCCACCCAAUACAGUGGUACCUCGGGUUACAGAUGCUUCAGGUUACAGACGCUUCAGAUUACAGACUCCGCUAACCCAGAAAUAGUACCUCGGGUUAAGAACUUUGCUUCAGGAUGAGAACAGAAAUCAUGCAGCGGCGGCAUGGCAGCAACGGGAGGCCUCAUUAGCUAAAGUGGUGCUUCAGGUUAAGAACAGUUUCAGGUUAAGAACGGACCUCCGGAACGAAUUAAGUUCUUAACCCUAGGUACCACUGUAUAAACCAACCCAUCCAUUGAGAUUGGAUCAGGUCCUCCUCUUGGUUGUUCUGCCAACUCCACAAAUCUAUCUUACAGCGAGCAGAGGGAGGGCCUCUUCUGUGGUGGCACCUAGCCUUUGGCAAUCCCCCCUGAAAUAAGACAAAUACCAACUCUGAUUGGUUUCAGUUUUCUGUUCCAAGAACUGCUUAAUAACAAGUGAAUGCUAGGGUGAAUAAUAACAAGUUCUUAGUAAUUUGUUUGACCUAUGGUGGAUAUUGUAUAUUUUAUUAUUUUAAUUAAUUUAUUUAAUGAAGAUCAGAUUAUAUUGCCCGUAGCCUACUCUGGGUUUUUUUUUAAUGAAGGGUGGCAUAGAAAUAUUUUACUUUAAAUAAAUAAUUGCUUCAUACUGCUGCCUCUGCCUGCUUCCUCCAAACAGCCAUUUUGCAGUGUUUGGAGAGGGAAGGGGAGCAACAAUGGACACCUCUGGCUCAGCAGGAAAGGAUGGGAGAGAGCAGAAAGUGCAGGUAAAAGAAGGCUGGUUGGAGCAAAGAUGUCAAUUUUUAAGAUUCUUCCAGCCUCCUGCACAGCUAUCAUCAGUAGGUUCAGGGACAGGUAGUGGAGAACCUAGUGCCUAUUAAAACUUUUUUAGAGCCUUUUAAAAUUCCAUUUCAGUCAGAAGGGGCAGAAAACAGAGUCUUGUAGGCACUGUGGGAAGUCUACACACAUGCACUAUGCUGAACAAUGCAGGCUUGGAUUACGUUUUUUAAUCUUAUGGGCUUCUUGAUGCUGACCAAUACGUAAUCCGAGUUUAAUUUUCUAGACAGACUGGAAAACUGUAAAGCCAGAUUGUGAGAGGAAUGCAGAGCAUGGGGCUUGAUGCCCGUUCCUGCCGUAAUAAACUAUGGUAACCUCUAACAAGAGAUAGAAGUAGUCUCUUAGUCUUUGAGCAGUAAUAGUCCAGAAGAGUGAGAGUCAACCAGCUACGUUCAAUUAAAGUGGUAGAUAAUCACAAGACAGGGAAUGGGAUUCCCUAAGUUUGCCCUACAGAUCUAGUGCUUAGGCCAACAAACGAAACAGCAGAAUGCGGCUCCCCUGUGAAGAAAGGUUACAGCAUUUGGGACUUUUUAGUUUAGAGAAAAGGAGAUUCGGAAGUGACAUGACAGAAGUUUAAAAAAUUAUACAUGGCAUGGAGAGAGUGGGUGGAGAGAGGUUUCCCUCCUUCUAUCAUAAAACUAGAACUCAUGGACCUCCAAUGAAGUUGAAUGUUAGAAGGUGCAGGACAGAUAAGAAAAAAAGGUAUUUACCGUAUUUUUUGCUCUGUAAGACUCACUUUUUCCCUCCUAAAAGGUAAGGGGAAAUGUGUGCGCGUCUUAUGGAGCGAAUGCAGGCUGCGCAGCUAUCCCAGAAGCCAGAACAGCAAGAGAGAUUGCUGCUUUCACUGCACAGCGAUCCCUCUUGCUGUUCUGGCUUCUAAGAUUCAGAAUUAUUUUUUUCUUGUUUUCCUCCUCCCAAAACUAGGUGUGUCUUGUGGUCUGGUGCGUCUUAUAGAGCGAAAAAUACGGUAUAUCUUAAUAGUGUGGAGGUUUGUUUGAUUCUUCUGUUAUAUGUUUGUUUGUUUGAUUGAUUGAUUGAUUGAUUGAUUGACUGUAUGUUUGUUUACUUGUAUGCACGUUUGUUUUUUCAUAAAUGUAUUUAUUUUAAAUUAAUAAAGAUAUAUUUAAAAGGGGGGAGGUACUUCUUCAUGCGGCUAAUAAUCAAACUAUGGAACUCACUCCUCAAGCAGGCGGUGAUGGACACCAGCUCGGAUGGCUAUAAAAGAGGAUUAGACAAAUUGACGGAGGAGAGGGUUAUCAAUGGUUACUAUCCUUGAUGGCUAUGCUUUACCUCCACAGCUUGAGGCAGCAAUGCCUCUGAAUAACAGUUACUAGAAACCAUGGGAGGGGAAAAUGCUCUUGUGCUCAUGUUCUGUUCCCUAGUUUCUGUCAGGAGCUCAUCCUACACUCGAGUAGGACCCUGGCAAAGACACAUGCACGACUGGGCAUGUCCCCUCCCUCUUGGUCGGUCGGGAGCUUAAAAAGCUUUCUUCUGCCCAAACAUCACAGCAACCGAUGUCAACAGACAUCAGCACACUUAGGGAUCCGCAGAGACUUCGCAGCUUGCGUGACAGACCUCAGCAUUUUGGCUAAUCUACUUUAUUUACAUAUAAACACACACGGAGCACUGCAACAUGGCUCCCUCUCUCUCUCUCUAGCAUCAGACAGCAAAGAGAAUGAACAAAGGACAAUAGUCUCACUUCACGGAACACAGGAACACAAACAUCCUGUCUCCAUCACUUCCCACUCUGUGGAGUCAAAACAUAUACCAUCAUGUGAUAGACAACAAUCCCAUGACUGCAAUCAUGGAGCAGGAAUUCUAACAGUUUCCCACAGGCAUCUGGUUGGCUGCUGUGAGAACAGGAUGCAGGACUAGAUGGGCCACUGGCCUGAUCCAGCAGGUUAUCCUUAUAUUCUUAUUCUGCCAUUUCAUAUCCAAUUUUAUUUUACCAAUUGAUUUCAAAAAUUAAAAAAAUCUCUCAUUUUCUCAUCCAUAUAUAUAUAUAUAUAUAUACACACACACACACACAUAUUGCCGCCAGCGCGAAACAUUACUUAGUAAUAAAGCAAUAAUAAUCUUUGCUUAAAUGAAAGGAAUUUGCUAAAAUCUGCAGACAUUACUCAUGAAUGUUUAAUAGAUGCCCUUGCUGAUUAAUACUUUCAAUCAGUAAUCUGAGCAAUCUCUUAUAUAAGUAAAACCACCAGGCUCCUCCACUCUGCGCCAACAAGUGUACCUGAACAUUGCCUUGGGAAGAGGUAUUUACACAAAAUCACAUCUGGGAAUCAGUCCAGCAGUGACUCUCUUCAUAGCUUCCAAGAAAUAAAACCACACUUUAAACUAAAGAUUAUCUCCUUCCAUGAAACUUUAAGAAGACAAAAAAGGAAUACGCAUGCGAAUCUUACACAAUGUGUACUUGGAAACAAGCAAGAUUCCCACCUACCGAACUUGUUUUGUUUUCCCUAAAGUCUAAAGGGCGAGUUCACAUUGUCAAACUCUGCCAUACAAAUCAGCACACUAGUAUAUCACAAAAUAGAGUUAGAUUAGCAUGAACCGUGUUAUAUACACAUGGAGCCACAGCCAUUUCCAUGCCUGCAGGUGUAUGUUUUUCCCUAUGUUUUAGGUAUGGUUAUGUCUAAAUCUUUGGGAAGGCCUGGUUUCUUGGACUGGCAGGAUGGCUUUCCACUAAAAUCCAUUCUAAAAAAAGCUCUAUUUUUCCUGUGCUCAGCUUCUCUUUUGAAGAAGAGAUUCCAGAGUUUCCCAUCAUAACACUUGCCAAGCCAGGGAUUUCCAUGCUGAGCACAGCUGUUGCUGCCACAAUCUUCCUUUAGAUACAGUCACUGAGGGCAGCUCUGAAAAGGAUUCAACACAGCAAACAACCCUACUCAAGUGGAAUUUCUCCAGCUGUAGUGACUCCUGUGGAUCCCCAAGCAUCAAUUCCCAAAUGAUGUGCUGGAGCCUUCAAGAAAUAUGCCACCACCAUGUUGGCUACAAAUUCAUUCAUUCUAUACCCCUCAGGGUCAGGGCAUAAUUUUAAAGGAGACACUGGGUAUUUCCCCAUCAUAGUCUGCAAACAUGGGGGGGGGGGUAGAUCCCAGAAGGAUGACCAUUGCCUAGAAGCACUGUCUCAUCCCCAAACUCUGAUCAGAGAGGAGGGUAAGACCAGGCUUUUCUGCUUUCGCAGAGAAGGGUGAGUGGUGUGCUUCCAAUUUUUAUCCAGAAAUAAUACCAUCCCAAAUAGAAAAUGCUGUUUCAUAUAAACAGUUCAUGGAGAGGCAAAAUAAUUUCCUCCUGGCCCAGAGUUACAUCAGUCUUUUCUGAAAAAAGGGAGUAUCCUAGAUUGGAAAGAGCUGAGCCUCUGCUGCUACAGUAUAUAAUUCUUAACUACCUCUAAAGCUCUCUCAAUGAUUUAUCAGCAAUGCUUUUAUACACAAUAACUGUCACCUACUGAUAUAAUUAUUUUAUUUGGGGCAAUAGUAACUUCUCUCAAAUACAAAAAAAAUUUAAUACAAGGAUAACCUGAUAAUAUAGUUGCUAAUGACCGACUUAUAAACACAAUCAUCUGAAUGCAAGCAGUGCUACAUUUCAAUCUGCAAGAUAAAAUUCUGAAUCAUUUAAAUAUUAUUUCACAAAUGUUGCUUAUGGCUUCAAAGCACUGAAGAUGCAGCUUUGCAAAGAUAUUGGCUCUAGACAGUAAUUAUAUCCACAGCCUAAUGUUGCAGUUAAUGGACACACACAUUUCAAUAAUUACAAUGCCUGAACAAGAUAAUAUGCCUUUAUUAGCUGCUGCAAAAUAAAAGCUAAGCCAGAACUGAACUUAGCUAAGCAUUUUAGAGACCAGAUAUAGAACAUAUUAUUAAAAACUCUAGACAACAGAAAACACCGAAAUCAGGAUUUUCAUGACAAUCGCGUAAUAAAAAAUGAAAAGUAUUCAUAUAGGUAACAUAACUAGGCACGGUGGGUGGAGCUAGCAGAGACUGGAGAGAGAGAUCAAGGUUUUAAUUAGUACAUGGUUGAAGAUUUUACAUUAAUUGGAUGAAAAAGUGUUAUGACAUGAUGAUUAUAAUAGGACAAGCCUAAUACUCUUGCUGAGUAUUGCCAUACUUUCAGCAGUAAAGCCAUUAUGUUCUAAUGUUCUGUUGUUGUACACCAUUUUGAAUUUAUAACCUUACACACUCUAAUGCAGCGUUUAUAGCUCUCUUUGGUUCUAUAUGACCCACAAAUUUAGCAAUGCACUAUUACUAAAUUUCAUUGUAUUUCAUUAAUAUAUAUAUAUUUUAACAGUACUGGAUCUAGAGUAAACUCUCACGGAACACAGUAAAACAUUGCAGGUUUUGAACCGGGAGCUACAGUGGCACACCCCAGGCACUUUACUCCCGGCUCAAUUAUGGUUACUUGGAAGCAAAGAACAUGGCUAGCCUGACCUCUUCAGAUGGUCAGAGGGUGUUAUUGCACCAAGUAGCCCCAAACAGAGAUCAGGCACCAUUAGGAGUGAAUCUGGCCCUACAGUGCAUCCGACUCUGACCUGGAUCCUCAGUCUGAGCAACAAAUUGUUCAGGUAUGGACUGAAUAGUUCAUGCACUGCCUAUCUUGGCUUACCACCUACGUGAAAGCUUGCUGAAACUGUACUUUAAUUACAUCAGAUGUGGGUUUUUUAAGUCAGUUCUAUGUCUACUGUAUGGCAUAGUCAUUGUCUCUAAUUUCAGCAAGAAUUUUGGCCUAUUCUAAUGAUGCAUUUCUAAGAAAGCAUAAAAUAUGCACCAGGAAUGUGCCAGGAUUCUGAUAACAACAAUUAGCUUAUCGGUGCCUUUCUCGGAUAAUAAUAUGAUCAUCUAGCCCAAUUCAGUAAAUUCAUACUAAUAGGAAUUGUUUUACCUUCCUUUGUUGUCGCCUGAAUUGUUUAAUAAGUCCAUCAACAGCACUAAAGUAAAUUAAUCUCCCAGAUCAAUCUCCUGAACAUUUUAAAGAGAAAGGAACUUCAUCUUAGAGCUAAGCAAGUAAAAGCAGUGGCGUAACACUUUAGCAAGGGACGCGGAUGGCGCUGUGGGUUAAACCACAGAGCCUAGGACUUGCCGAUCAGAAGGUCGGCGGUUCGAAUCCCCUGCAACGGGGUGAGCUCCGGUCCCUGCUCCUGUCCACCUAGCAGUUUGAAAGCACGUCAAAGUGCAAGUAGACAAAUAGGUACCGCUCCAGCGGGAAGGUAAACGGUGUUUCCGUGUGCUGCUCUGGAUCGCCAGAAGUGGCUUAGUCAUGCUGGCCACAUGACCCGGAAGCUGUACGCCGGCUCCCUCGGCCAGAAAAGCGAGAUGAGCGCCGCAACCCCAGAGUCGGCCACGACUGGACCUAAUGGUCAGGGGUCCCUUUACCUUUACCUUAAACACUUUAGCAGCAUGAACAUUCCAAUAUAAUACCUUUGUUCUGAGAUAAACUUAGAGAAGAAUUCAACAUUGCACUUUUCUGAUUGUUCCAUCAAUGCAAGUAUCUUGGCUCGCCACCAGGGAGUGGGCAGGCUUAGGGAAGAAUAGGGUGGAAAAGCCCCACUGCCCAAUGGAAGUUCUUGCUCAGGACUUCCACUGACAGGACUCAUUAGCUGAAAUCUACCCCAGGUAAACAAAGUAGUAGGCAUGAUACUUUGUAGACCCUAUGCCAAGGGUUUUGGAACCCCUAUGAUGAUGAGAUAUGAUGUUCCAACGGUGAACAUCUUUGGAGCAGGAGCAAAUUUCGCUAAUCAUAUCAAUUGCAUGUCCACCACGCACUCAAAGAUGGAAGUACCACUUCAUAACACCAGUGUGUCCGUUCAAAUUCAGCCUGGUGGCAAAUCCACCUGCAUGCUCACGGGAGCCAAAAAGAAUCUAAACUAGACCAAAAGAUAAACAAACAAGUUGAGCACUGAAGGAAACAGGAAAGCAAGAGCACUUCCUGGUACCUGGGAUGCUAUCAUGAGUACUGCAUAUAAUAUAAAAUAUGAAAUUAGAAUAUUUCCAAUAUUAGACAGGUGCUGAAUUAAAAUAUUCAAGAAUUAUUGGUAGUCUUCAUUUCAACCCUUAGUAACCCCAUUAUGUUUUAUAAAUUCCAAUUCUACAGCUUCUCAUCCCAAUUAUCCUUUGGAGUUUGUUUUGUUUUUGUUUAAGUAUAUUGAACCAAAUAUUCUUAUUGUCUACAUAACUAGAUACCGGUAAUCUGAGGUUUGCUCAGCUAGCAGCUUGAGGGCCCUUGGCUGAAUAUCAUCAGGUCCUUGCUACCUAGGACUCAUUCAGACUGCGCACAUAAUUUUAAUUGCUCUUUUUGCUAUCCUGACCCAUGUAUCCUUACCUUUUCUUGUUGAUAUCAAUACAAUACCAAAUUUCAUAUCUGUUGGGGUUAUUGUGAGUCCAUACACACCAGAGAUUGUACACAUUCACAUGAAGAUGUGGAGAGUAUUCAAUAACUGACAGCAUCAUGAGAGAAUAUUGUUCACCGUCUGAUCAAUACAGACAAUCAUAAACGGAUACUGGAGAACACAAAAUGACCACACUAUACAUUAUGCACCUAAUAUGCAUAACCUCCAUGUAAGUUUCACACACUGUUUGUACAAUAUAGAUUACAUUCAAGCAGAGAAUAUAUAUGCUGACCAGCCAACAAGCACACUACCCAGCUGACAUUGCCAACCUGUACAUAUUCUCCACCACCACUUGAAGAUUAUGCAUCUCAACUGGGCAAUAUACGAAGUCCACGGCUCACGUUGUCAAUUUCUGCAAUUUCUCCAUGCAUAUGUAUAGAACAGUAUGUAUAAAACAGUGGUUAAAUGGAUGAACACCCAAGUUUCAUUUCUUCCACAAUCAUUCACUGAUAAUCUAGAACACCAGCACUUUAUUACUGUUAAAUCUUCCUCGCAGAGCCAGAUCAAAUCUCAUUCUCAGCUUUUUACUAGGGUAGACAUGCCAAGUAAUACUUCUCAAAAGACAGCUCUCCAUCCCUAUUAUUAUUGUGUGUUUCAUGCAUGUUUUCCAGUUUUAGUCUUCACAUUUGGUCUUCCUCUGACCAGAGUUAGACAAGCAAGGCCAGUAUGACCAUAACUUCAAGUCCCAUCACCUCCGAACAGUGAAAACUCCUGCUUUUGCCACUUCUCUUUCUGAGCAAACCCAGGUUAGUUAUGCUUUUUACAACCAUGAAGGGAGAUCUCCCAAAGUUUCAACCGGGUUGCUAUUUUGAACAAAGGAUGUGUCUGGUGCAAGAAUGCCAUUCAGAAGCACUCUCCAGUGAGCAGUGUGGUGUAGUGGUUAAGAGCGGUGGACUCGUAAUCUGGUGAACUGGGUUCGCUUCCCCGCUCCUCCACAUGCAGCUGCUGGGUUAUCUUGGGCUAGUCACACUUAUCUGAAGUCGCUCAGCAUCACUCACCUCACAGAGUGUUUGUUGUGGGGGAGGAAGGGAAAGGAGAUUGUUAGCUGCUUUGAGACUCCAUCGGGUAGUGAUAAAGCGGGAUAUCAAAUCCAAACUCCUCCUCUUCUUCUUCUCCAUCAUCAUGACUAUAGCCACAUUAUAGAAUAACACGGUAAAUCCAUUUUUAAUAGUGAUAUAUAAAAUGACACUUGGUUGCCCCCCUCCCUUACUUACGGUCCUUUAAAAAAUUAUGGUACUUCUGUAACAUACAGAAAACUAGAUAUGGUAAACAGUGCAUCGCAAAGUCUUUAGUACAACUGUCUGGAAAUGGGACUUUUUCAUCUCUCAUUCAAAACAGCCAGUACUUCCAGGUUCAAUCUUCAACUAAGGCUGGGAAAAACUCCUACCUGAAACCCCAGAGGAGUCGCUGCCAGUCAGUGUUGACAGUACCAAGAUCAAUGGGCCAAUGGUCUGAUAUGGUAUAAAGCAAGCCAAGCCGCAAUGCAACAGGAGGACUGAGCAUAUGAGUUCUUUACACCACUUGAACCAACAUUAGGGAGGUAGCCCAUGGCAGCCAUACAUACAAAAAUGCAAUGUAAGAUGUAUUUGCCAGCAUGUAGGUUCUUACACUCCAAUGUUGAAUGUGGUUUCCUAUUCUGAUUAAGAGGGGAAGUGCCACAGUCCACUGUUUCAGAUGUAACAGUGAACUGUGGAAUCAAGUUCAUCUGAGCAAACCAAGUCCGGGGAUGGGGGGCCAUGUGAACCCAAUGUUCACUUCAUGUGUGUGGACGUACAAAAUGUAUCUGUUCAUCCCAGCUAUUUUUUCUCAUGACCCUAAAUAACAGCUCACGUACAGUUUGGUACUUUGGUAAUCAAUACGUUAUAAAACUGGACUCCAACGUAUCUUUAUCAUUGUCAUGCCUCUGUGAAGUUUCACCUCCUUUGGCCAAGAACCCUAAAAGCCCUACUUUAAAACUAAUUUAGCCAUCUCAACAGCCCUUCCCAAAAACAUUCGGGGGCGCAACUGAACCCACUAUUUGUUAAAAUUCUUCCGUAAACUCUAAAUGUUAAAGUUAAAUGAGAGGCAUUUAAUGCAAUCUGAAAAAUAUUCAGUUCAAUUAAAAAUAAUUGAUGCAUGGUGAAAUAAUUCUUCCCAAAGCUGCUGUAAAAAUCUUCAAAAAAAUAAAGCUACUUAAUAAUUUUCAUCUCCUACAGGCUAGAGAAGCAUUAUUGCAUAUUAAAAAUUGGAAUUCAGUUUUCCCAGGAGGUACAAGAAAGUUAUUAAAACAACCUAUUUAUUGUUGAUAUAACUAUCCAUUUGUGCUACACAGAAAGUAACAAUUUCAGUACAUUAAGAGAAAAACUAAUUAAGAUAUAAUUAGUAUUUUCUGUAUUUUGAUAAUUAAGGAUUAGUUGGCUAUUCCUUUUCACAUUCCUGUUUGUUGCAUCCUGACAAUACCUUUAAUGAGCAGCUAACGCUAUUUAAGCCCUCAUGGCUGAGCAGUUUAGUGACCACUACUACAUUGCUUCCAUUUAUCACUGCCUCUUUACCUAUAAAUUAAAGCAGCCCUCUAGCUAUCUUGAUCUACUUUAUAUCAAUUUCUUCAUCCAUAUCAGCUGAAUAUGUAUGGCAUUAACCUCAUUUACCAGUUGAGAAAAGAUGAAUUAAAAUGAGAUCCAAUUCCUGGUCACACAACACAAUUUCAAAAAUGCCUGCUAAUUUCCACCACCUGUCAGAACAGCAAUCCUUUACUUUCCAGUAAUAAAAUGAGGUAUAUUUCUGCUCAGCUCAUUAAAAAUAAAAAUUGAACACACAUUUUAAUGUAAUUAACCACUAAAAGUACAAAUCCCUGAUUACAAUAUGAACCAUAUAUGUUCAUUUCUUCUAGUCCCAAUGAAGCUAAUGCAUUUGUAUACACUGUGAAAUGCACUGCAAAAAUAUUAGAAAUGUUAAGCUUAAGUAUAAAGUCACUUCUGUAGCCUUGCAAAAAUACAGUAUUUUAUAAACUAAGAUUUACAAGAAAACCAGAGGCACAAUAAUGAGCAAUUUUUUUAAAAAAUUUUAAACCAUUCCAGUUCCAAAUAAAGUAAAUUGCCAGAAUAUAUACAGAUUCUGUUUGCAAUAUGAAACUUGUAUUGAUAAAGAAAGAAAAUUUUCUUUAACAUACUAUACAUUUAUAUUCCUAUAUUUUGUAUUUUUAUUCCACAAUUAUCAAGCACCGAUAGAAACUGCACACAAGAAAAUGAGAUUAAAACAGGAAUUACAAUUAAAAUACUUGGUUGUUCUUUCCAGGAAACAAUCACCAACUUUCUCAGUGUCUCUAUAUUUUUGGAGUGAGGGAUUACUAACAAUUUCUCUUCUAAGUCACCUGCACUGGGGGGCGGGGUUCUUUCUAGGAUUAUUUUCCAAGAAACUCUACCCCUGCUCCAAACGUCCUUUGCAAUAAUUAUGUUUCACAGAUUCAUCUUUGCUUUAUAGCACCUCUUCACAGAAACAAUGUACUGUAGAUCCUUGGUCUUCCAAAUCAUGCUCAGCCCAAGGACCACAAUCAGGAAAAAAGGGGGCGGAGCAAUGAAUGUAAAUAUUACCUUGUGCAGUAGGCUAGCUUCUGUGUACUUUCACAUGCCUCUCUUUAUUCACAUCCAGAAAAGUAAGAGGCAUUACCAGAAUUGAAGGACACAUUCCAGCUAAGCAAAGCCAAGCCACAGAAGCUGUGACCUGGGGAGAAUUGCAAGUGCUAGACAGUGGCACCUGGAGGGCCACAUUCAAACUCUGGGCCCGAGGUCCCCCACCACUGAUCUACACCAGGGAUGUCCAAUAGGUCGGUUGUGAUCUACUGGUCGAUCGUGGGGUGUCUCUGGUCGAUCACGGGACCCUGCCCCCCAAAAAAGCUCAACAACUCUGGUCAAUACAAUGGGUAGAUCACUGUCAGUGUUUUUAGUGGGAGUAGAUCGCGGUCUCUUGGAAGUUGGACAUCCCUAAUCUACACACUGUGUGCAGCCUAAUAAAGCUUUGCUUUGUUUUGGAAACAAAAAAAAUGAGCCCCAUCUGCAUAAACGAGAACACACAAGUCAUUUCAACGCUCAACAGGUUUCAGAACAUGCUCAGUUGGUUCUAGAACACCAACAGCAAACUCCCUCUCGCAAAUAAGAGUUUAAAAGGAUCACCAGGAUGAAUAUGCCUUGUCAACCAUUCAGUCUACGACUAGCGUCAAUACAACUAACAAAACUAUGAGACCGUCUUGAGUGUUGGAAGAUGCAAUUUGUGAAGAAGAAGCAACCAUCCUAUCCGUGUCAAGCUAUACAACCACAGAUCUUCAGCCUAACAGAAUGACACUAACUGCAAAAACAAGACUAAUGUUGGCAUUUGAUAAUGCUGUGCAAUCCACACCAAAACAUAUAGACCAAAAUGGGGAAUGAAAAUGCCUCUCAACAUUGCUAUCUCUCUCUCUCUCUCUCUCUCUCUCUCAGCAUUUAUAAACUACUUAGAAUUUCAAAAAUCUCUAAAUGAUGCACUGUAAUGAUAGAUAUAUAUUAUUAAAACGAAAACAAAAAUGCAACCUAAAACAGCAGUAAAAGUAUAUAAAAACAAACAAAAUAGCAAUUCAGAGGAUUCAAACACAUAAAACAGGUUCCAAGCUUAUGGAUCAGGGAGAAUCUGGUCUUCAUAUUUUUUAGCAGAUGGAUUGAUUCAACAUAGGAUUUAAAAAGGGUAAAAAACCCCUGGAUGGUUAAGUCCAGUCAAAGGCGACUAUGGGGUGCACCGCUCAUCUUGCUUCAGGACGAGGGAGCCGGCGAUUGUCCACAGACAGCUUUCCGAGUCAUGUGGCUAGCAUGACUAAACCGCUUCUGGCGCAACAGGACACCAUGACAAGUGCCAGAGCACAUGGAAAUGCUGUUUACCUUCCUGCCACAGUGGUACCUAUUUAUCUACUUGUGCUGGUGUGCUUUCAAGCUGCUAGGUUGGCAAGAGCUGGGACAGAGCAAUAGGAGCUCACCUGAUCGGCAAGCCCAAGAGGCUCAGUGGUUUAGACCACAGCGCCACCAGCUGCAAUACUGCGGACAGGACAAUCACUCAUGCCCUUUAAAUCAUAUUCCAAAGGAGACUAUAUUCAGAUUGAAAGCCUAAGAUAAGGGUGUGUUUUUAUUCAGUAAUUUUAAGCCCUUGAUAUUAAAAUAAAUGAAAAUAUGAGGAAAGCUAUUUAAUAGGCAUCUAUGGUCAAAUUAAAUUAUGUGCAUUCCUUACAAACAGUUAUGGCUAUAGGUGAGCAUAGAUAACAAUAUGUAGUAUUUAAACCAAUACUAUUGCAUCACCAAUGAUCAUUCUGGCUUUUAAAGCUAUUUCAGUUCCUACAACUGGUUAUAAAGGUAAAGGUAAAGGGACCCCUGACCAUUAGGUCCAGUCGUGGCCAACUCUGGGGUUGUGGCACUCAUCUCGCUUUAUUGGCCGAGGGAGCCGGCGUACAGCUUCCGGGUCAUGUGGCCAGCAUGACUAAGCCGCUUCUGGCGAACCAGAGCAGCACAUGGAAACGGCGUUUACCUUCCUGCCGGAGCGGUACCUAUUUAUCUACUUGCACUUUGACAUGCUUUCGAACUGCUAGGUGGGCAGGAGCAGGGGCCGAGCAAUGGGAGCUCACCCUGUUGCGGGGAUUCGAACCGCCGACCUUCUGAUUGGCAAGUCCUAGGCUCAGUGGUUUAACCUACAGCGCCACCCGCGUCCCACAACUGGUUAUACUCAUCUCCAAAAUCUGUGGGUUGUAUCCAAGUAAAGCGUAACUCAGAAUAAAACCACUGGAUUGUAUUCAACUAAAUCUUACUCAGAGUAGAACUACUGAAAUUAAUGAACCUAAAUUAGUCAUGCCUGCUUACUUCAAUGAGUCCACUCAGAGUCGGACUAGCACUGAGUACCACUUAUUGAAAUCAAUGGUCUAAUGUUAAUCAUACACAUUGAUUUCAGUUGGUUUACUCUAAGUAUGACUUACUGUAGUUGGAUUAAAUCUUAUAGGUUGUUAAACACUCCAAACUGAAAUAAUCUAAGCAUUGUUGAGAGUGCUUAUUAUCAAUGCCUCUAACUAUAAAGGACAAAUGUAAAUAUUUUCUCUCCACUGUUAAUCUUCAAGACAUAUAUUUCUCCGUUACCCCUGCAAGGUCAUUUAUUUCCUGCAUAAAGCAGAGGGCAAUUAAAUGGAAGGAUAAACCUGGUGCCCUGAAGAGAGAAAACAUCCACAGUCAAUUGAAUAUUUUUGAUUCCUUCCCUCUCUUUUUCACCAAGCGCUACUUGGGGAGCACAUUAUGCUGAAAUGCAAUCUCAUAAAUAUCAUUAAAAACCAUAACAAUAUAAAUGUGUAAUACAUAGAACAGAGGGAGUCUUUCCCCACUUGGGCUUCUGAUCAUUCCCUACUGCUUAUAUUUCCCCCACAGAAUGAAAUAACCACAUUAAAUAAAAUAAAUAAAUAAAGAACACGUAUAAUUUGCAUGGGAGAAAAUACAGAUGUAAAGGUUAACAAAUUAAAGAUCUACGUGCAGAAAAAGGUACACACAGUGUAUGUUCUAUAGCAUUACAGCACCACAGUUUUCCACCUAUGCGUCUGAGCAUAGCUAUCUGAAAGAAUGAUCAUUGACUGGUUGCAUGGUUAGUCAAACAUUUGCAACUUGGCCCUUUGUACAACCAAGUACAGCCUAGAUAUAGGCUAUUUUUAGAACUCCCCACUGCAGUAUGAACUCUGCAGUAUGCACAGCAGGACCUUUGUUAGUAUUCUCCAAACCCUCCAGAUUUGCAGCAAGCAGAAUAAAGUGUUUGCUACAUUACGGAAAGCAUGACCUUGUGGCUUCUUUGGUUAAACUGGAUAUUAAGCCCCCCCCCUCUUAUCAGUUGCUAACAAAAUGCAUCUUUAAAAAAAUCUGUCAAAGUUCAGCUUAAAAAGGAUCCCUAGCAGUGUCUCAAGGAGGCUGAAGAACGCAGACAAUCUUUUUAUCAAGUUUAUAAAUAUCACUUUCACUUCAUUUAAGCUACUUUCAAUAGCCAUAUAAAUGGUUGUCAUCUUAACUAGAUCCAUUUUUACAUCUCUCUUUACUUCUGUUUCCAAACAUGAAUCCUUCUAAUCAAUAAGAGUAUAUCUAUGCAGGCAAUAUAUAGCAGAGGAUUUACUGUAGGGAUAUAAUGCCAUCUGCUGCUACAGUUGCUGCUAUAGCAGGGGGAGAUAAAAAACAAAGACAUAACUGGGCCUUUAGUUUAAAAAAAAAUGCUUUAGAGAUCAUAUUGUUUCAUUUUAUCCCAGAAACGUUAAACCCAGAUAUUCAAAGAAAGGACCAGGGUUCUGUUGUUACUCAAUCCCACCAUCCCACAACUACACACCUCUAUUGCCUGCCAGAUCUGAGAAACACUAUAUUCAGAAUAGAUUUACAAGACAAGUUCUCUCAUCCUUUCACAGGUCCGUGCUGAAUUGGAUUGUGUAAAGGAUCCAAUACUGAUUCACAGUGUGGUGGUGGUCAAGUUUUAUUCUGGUGAACCUGGAUCACAAAGCAACUUGAUCCUGGCUAUAUUCAGAAGGAGAUUGCGUCUGAAUACCAGCUGCUGA